AUGGGAAAGCGCAUCAAGGGACUCACCAGAUCCAAGAGCAAGUCUCCAAGCCACGAGACCAUGCGUACUCCUCCCGCUCUCCUCAGCUCCGGUAAUGGCGACAACAGUCACGACAAUGAAGGCACCUCCAAGUUCGAAACUGCAGAAACCUCCGGAAGAAAGAGGAAGGCCUCAAAGUCUCCUCCCUCGAGCUCAAAGGAUGAUACCACAUCAUCCUCCUCGACCAGUUCUAAGGGUGCGGCUAAGAUUUUUGAAGUAGAGAACAUCUUUUGCGCUUUAGACCUUGGAACUAGGUAUUCGGAGCUUAUGGCGAAGGAGCAGACCGGAGGUGAUGAUCGGAGUGGACCAGAAGGAGAUCGGAGUAAUCGGAUGGCAAAGGAAGACGGAACAGAGCCUUGA